AUGAGCUUGACCAAGAUUAUUGCUCUACUUAAGAGACAAGACCCACAAAGCUUUGCAGGCCUCGCUCAUUCCAUCGUUGAUGGCUGGAUCAACCGAAGUGGUGAUGAGCCAAAAUGGUCAGAAAAAGCUUUGAAAAUGGCUGAAUAUGGGCACGAUCAAGGUCAGGGUAACAAAGGCAGCCAGAAAGGAAUCUUUACACAGUUUCCAACAGUCGAGAAGGCCAUCAUCACCUACCUCAAUCAACUGCAAGAUGCAUCAGUUCCACUGACCCUUGUUACCAUCAGGGGAAUUGUUGUUGCCCUAAUCAUGCAGCUUGCACCAGAGAUCUUCGAAAUCAAGGCAGCUAAUGGCUCUGAAUUCAGAUGUUCAGAUUCAUUCAUCUAA